GGUUUAAGUACUGACAUUUCAAGGAUUAAAAAAAGACACAAAAAAGGUAAAACAGAAAAAAAACUUACAAAAAAAAAGCAACAUUACUGGAACAUCUCAAUUAGAACACUGCAAAUGUGGCCAAAUCCUCCACGGCUACCCUCUGUCAUUAUAGUUUCUGGUAUUUUUAUCCCAGAGACCUCAGCUGUUGUUAAAGGAGCAAGGUCAAGCAAAAGACAAUGACAGAGAUGACAAGGUCCAAACAAGCACCAAGCCAGUCCAGAGGGACUGUUGAUGAAGCAUUUUAGACUUCAUGGAAACAGCUUUAAUGAAAAAGACUUUAAGCAAACAUCAUAAAUCUGUGCCAAAUGCUGGAAAAGCCCUUGCUCACCCCUCCACCAGCUCACCUUCAAAACAGAGUUCACCACCCAUUGCGCCAGAUCUUCCCACACUUCUGCCAGAAGUCGUAGGUUUAAGGUCUAUCACUAAAAUAAACUGGGAGAAAAAGAGGCCCGGCACUGUGGUGGUAUCGAAACGGUCAGCUACUGGAGGCAUGUCUCAGGAUCAGUGGGAUCGGCCAGUCAUUGCACCACGAAGACCAGGCUUCAGGGUGUGCUUCAUCUGUGGCAAAGAGUUUGGGUCACAGUCCCUUCCUAUCCAUGAGCCGCAAUGCCUAGAGAAGUGGCAUAUUGAAAAUGACAAGUUACCAAAGCAUCUAAGAAGACCAGCACCUGUUAAACCUCAAGCCCUUCCUGGAGGAACAUAUGGUGCAAUGGCUGAAAACACAGCAGCUACUCAAAGUUACCAAGCUCAGCUCCUGCCAUGUCAAAACUGUGGUCGCACUUUCCUUCCAGACCGUCUCAUUAUACACCAGAGGAGUUGCAAAACAAAGGCUGCUCCAGGUCCUUCAAGCAACAGCUCCCCUAAAUUGCUUAGAUCUACAGGUUAUGGCCCAGCAUCUUCCGUACCAGACAAGCCUUCAGUGAUAAGGCGGCCUCCAGCCGUUAUUUGCUACAUUUGUGGCCGUGAGUAUGGAACACAUUCAAUAGGCAUCCAUGAACCACAGUGUCUGAAAAAAUGGCAUAUUGAGAAUGAUCAAUUGCCCAAACAUUUACGAAGACCGGAACCGAUAAAGCCAGUGGUUACACCUGUUGGAGGCAAGGGCUACUAUGAUCUUGAUGCUUUAAAUGAGUCUGCCUGGCAAAGUGCCCAGAGCCAGUUAGUCCCAUGCAAUAUUUGUGGUCGCACCUUCUUGCCAGACAGACUGAUCGUCCACCAGCGGUCCUGCAAACCGAAGACACCAAAAUAAAAUGCUUCUCCUUCCAAGACAAGUUUUGAAGAGCAGCAUUCCUCUGUGACCUAUAGGAUAGAUAGAGGUCUCAGCACUGAAGAAUCAUCGCACUAUACAAAAUCAAGUUCCAAACGUGUUUGA